AUGGCCGAUUUGAAGACCAAAAAGGCCUUGUUCGAGCUCCAGAACCAGGACAGGCCCCGCUCCCUGAGUAAAAAACUUUCCAAGAGCAACGAUGUCUUGGCUGACAACAGCGUCCCCGAGUCCGUACAGCCGUCAGCAUCGGAUGCCGCCGGCCAAAGCGCCAGCAGCAGCAACGGGAACUGGAGCUCGCCGCGGGCCGUCUACAAAACGUUCAAGUCAUCUGUCUCGGGCACCGUUGACCGCAUGUCUCGCUCGUUUCACAACCAUCCGCCAGGGGCCAACUCUGCUGAACCACUUGAGGUGGCCGCUGUCGAUCAGAGCGAGCGCGACAGUUCCGAGCUGCCUGUCAAGGAGAAGAUCUCGGCUUUUGACCAAGGGCCCGACUCGCCCAAGAAGGAGUCCAAGAAUCUAAAGAAGCGCAUCUCGGCAGCGCUGCUGACAAAGUCAAAAAGCCACUCCAAUUCCAGAAUCAGCAUGCACGAUCCGGCCCUGCUGUCGCUGGUCGAGAAGCGCGAGGUCUUCGAGCGAGAUCCCGCUGUUAAACCUGGCGAGGAGGGUCGAGGGACGCCCAAAUCCGCAAGGAGCUUUGCUGACAAGGAACCGACAGCUGGUACGCCCGAGAAUCAAUCGCCCCUGAAAAGCUCGGCCUCGAGCCUGUCGAGGUGGGCCGAUGACACUCGGUCCGUCAAGGGCGCCGCCGGAGCCGUGGGAGACCCGCCCCGCAAGGGAUCGGACGCCAUCAGCAUGUCGUCGUCUCGGAGCUUCUCAGCCUUCAGGGCAGCAAAGUCGACCGACUCACUCGCUCGAACCGAGGAGGAACUGCCGUCCGAAAUCGAGUCCGCAGACAAUAAGCCGCCAACUCCAACGUCGACGCCGAUGCCGGUUUCGGUGCCAGUUUCGAUGCCAACACCAGCAUCGGUGCCUACUCCGCAGUUUGCAUCUGGCUCGGCCCCUGCGUCAGUACCAAUACCGUCACAAGCACCAGCCGCACUGCCAAAGACUCAUCCUGACCAUCCAUCGGUCCCAAAGUCCAUCGAGACAGCCCUGGCCGACCUUACAAAGACACACCAGUCGAUGGUCGAGGCCAGGCACCAUUCCAUACCGAUUUCCCGCAGAAGCACGAGCCCCGCCAAGACACCGACAAGCCCUCUCUCCAAAUCCAAGGAGCAGCUCGAGUCGCUGCUGUCGAACGCCAUUCUUUUCUCAGACUUUGGCGAAGACGACGCUAUACCCGCGGCAUCCAUCCAGGGCCGCGUCAAUCCGCCCGAAGUUGUCACUGCAACUGUGUCCAGUGCCUCUCGCCGUGGUUGUCGGGACAAGGCCGAUUCGACCACGGCUGCUGUCAGCUCCAAGGCACCGCCAAAGCCAAAGCGAUUCGGUACCGGCCACCCUGCCGCACCGCCCAAGCCGCCGCGAGAGCGGAUGCAGGAGAUAUUCGAUCCGCCUCCUGGACCGCCGAUCCCGUCACUGGACAAGAAACCCAAACGAGGGAGGCUGGUGCGGCGGACCUACGGCGUCACAGACUAG